AUGGACUCUUUGAUUAUAGUGGACUACAUUGUACAUGUACUGUUUAAUGCAUCUUUCUCCCUAUUGGCUCGUACUACUACUCUCUUUUAUUCAUCGAUCAUGGAUUCAGAGUCUCUUAGGAAUAAGUGUGCAGCAUGCUAUAGACAAUUCAAUAAGAACGAACACCUUGUUGAGCACAUGAAGAUCUCAUUUCACUCUGUUCAUGAACCCAUGUGUGGCGUUUGUGGUAAACACUGCCGUUCUUUCGAGUCUCUCAGGGAGCAUCUUAUCCCGUACGUACAGUACAUAUUUACAUCGGUAUUCAGUGCCCGAGGAUGCAGCCUUUGUUUAACUAUUCUUAAUGGACCUAAUGCUGUCGACGGUAAUCGAAAAACAUGCCAGUUCUCCCGGACAAACCUUGGUUCUCACUAUGACAUCCUCUCCCGAAUAUCCAACAUGGGUAUAAACGGUGAUGGAAGAACCAGAGGACCUCAAGCAUUCGCACUAGGUUGCAAAAUGGUUGGGGGAGGAAGUGAUGGAUCUCUAAAUCUUUGUGCAAGACUGUGCCUCAUCGAUGAAGAUAAUAGGAUCAUACUUCAGGCUUAUGUUAAGCCACUCAUUCCAGUCACUAACUAUCGGUUUGAAACAACCGGUGUACGGCCUGAAUACUUAAGGGAUUCAAACGCAAUGCAACUGAGGGACGUGCAAAAGAUCAUCCAAGAUUUCUUGUGCAAUGGUGAGCCUAUAUGGAAGAUACGUUCAUCAAAAGGUACUGGAAAAGCACGGAUACUUGUAGGUCAUGGCCUCGGUCAUGACUUGGAGUCUUUAGGAUUGGAAUAUCCCUCAAAACUCAUAAGGGAUACGGCAAAAUACCCACCACUGAUGAAAACCAGUAAGCUGAGCAACACACUGAAGUACCUAGCACAAGCUUACCUUGGGUAUGAUAUUCAAACUGGGAUACAAGACCCUUUUGAGGAUUGCGUAGCAACAAUGAUGCUCUACAAGAGAAUGCGUAAUCAUAAUCACAAAGCCGAGGACGUUUCAACUGCAACAGAUGCACAAAACGGUAACAGUAACAAUUUUGCAGGUUUGAGGCAAAAUGAUCUCGAGAGAAUGACCCCGGAUCAGCUCUUGGCCAUUUCAACGUCUGAUUACCAUUGCUGGUGUUUGGAUUCCAAACACUGA